GUCAGGCUGGUGCAGUAGGAUCUAACUAUCACUCGGCACGUUAGGAUAGGCAGUCAACAGAUUCAAUAAGAAUAGUCCACGUAGUACCUAUCUACCUGUAGCUAGCGCUCAGUCGAGCACCUACAACCGGGAAAACAAGAAGGAUGGCAGAGAACGUGAAGACAGGAGGGAACUUCAUGAGACAAUUCCGGGACAAAAAGACGAGGGAAAUACAGAACUUGACCGCUACUCAGUUUAUGGAAGUCUGGAGUCACUAUGAUAGAGACGGCAAUGGUUACAUUGAGGGCAGAGAGCUGGACAACUUCUUGACAGAAUUCGUGUCUAGCGUCAACGUCACAGAUGUGGGGUCAGAGACUGUGUCUGAGACAAUGAUGGCCGAACUGAAAGAAUCUUUCAUGGAAGCAUAUGAUGACAAUAAAGAUGGAAAAAUUGAAAUUAGAGAGCUUGCCCAGCUUCUACCGCUUGAAGAAAGUUUCCUGUUGUUGUUUCGAUUUGACAACCCUCUCGAAUCCAGUGUGGAGUUUAUGAAGAUUUGGCGUGAAUACGACACAGAUGGCAGCGGUUUUAUUGAAGCCGAUGAACUAAAGAAUUUUUUGAAAGAUUUACUAAAGGAAGCCAAAAAGCAGGGAUAUCAGUCAAUAGAUGAAGAUAAACUAAUCGAAUAUACUGAUACUUUGCUUCAAAUCUUCGACACCAACAAAGAUGGAAAACUGCAGCUGAGUGAAAUGGCCAAGUUACUUCCAGUCAAGGAGAAUUUCCUCUGUCGGUCUGCUUUCAAAGGUUGCAGUAAACUAACCAGGGAAGACAUUGAAAGAGUGUUUGCUCUAUAUGAUAGGGAUAAAAAUGGCACCAUUGAAAACGAAGAAUUGAAAGGGUUUUUGAAGGAUCUGUUGGAGCUUGUGAAAAAG